CUUGUCUCUUCUGGUCCUGAGUCCGGACCCUGAGCCAAAGACGGCGGUGUCUCUUCCAGGCUGGAGAGGUGUGACGUGAACGUGGCGGUGCUGCUGAGACAGAACUCUGGAUGGGUGUUCGAGAACCCCUCCCUGGGCGUGCUGGACUACCGGGUGCUGGGUACCAACUUCAGGGACCACGCCAUCGUGCUCACCCAGCUAGAGUUCAAGGACGAGGCCUUCAGCACCGUGGAGCUGUAGAGCCGGACGGAGCUGGCCAGCCAGGAGGCCAUGCGUCUCUUCGCCCGGUGGAGCAAGGGCCUGGGCUUCCUGCCUCAGCAGCAGGCCAUGCUGCAGCAGGACUUCACCUGUGCACGCAAGGUUUUCCAGUGAAUGCUUCGACCUCCAGGGGGGACGGUGCCCGCCGAGUCCUGAGAGGUUGGCCAGGCGCUGGGCUCCUUGCUCAGCCACCUGGGAGCUUGGUGUGGGGCGGGCUGCUGUUCCAAAUAAAGCGGUUCCACAAAGCCCUAGAGAUGCGUCUCACCUGCUUGCCGAGCGCGGGCAGAAAUGGCAGAUGGGGCGCUGCCCUCUUGGGGCUCCCGUCGGUGCAGGGGGAGGAGGAUGGGUGUGGGGGGGCUCACCCAGAGCUGGACCACCCAGCACACAAGCAGCUCCGGGUGGGGGCAC